AUGGCUGAUCAACUCGAGUCUUUCAUUGACAGACUCACCGGUGCUGUAGCGCUGCAGGAUAGCCCGCUACCAUCUAUUGUCGCCGAGGAUUCCUCCGUAACACUCCCAGUUGAAUCGCAAUAUCCAACAGACAAAGACAGCUCAACAACAGUCACGCGCUUGAUCAACGACAGAAAAGCUGCCUUGUCUCUUCAGGCGUCUACCGCUCAAGGCGGUCCCUCUGGCUCCACCGCCACGACAGACGCACUCAACAAUCUACUCAACUUCAUCGGUUCUACCUUUGGCGAUGCUGAUAUGCACGAUAAGAUUGUGUUUGAGGUGUCUUCGCUGCUCAAUUCCCCACGUUCCACGGACGAUAUCUCUUCUGCUCUAGUCGACACGCUUGGCUUCGAUGCUCUUGAUCUUAUCGCCCAAGUUCUCUCCAAUAGGGCUGAAAUCGGUCUUGGAUUGAAUGACGUCAUGUCCUUGAACGCUCGCAACGCCGAGCAGCACUCUAAAUCUCACAAGCGUGAGAAAGCACGCCACAAUGACUUGGAGGAAUCCUACCUCACAAUCAGCCCCGAAGAAGCUCGCAGGAGAAAGGAGGAAGAGCGCCAGCUAAACUCAAAGCGUCCAUUAUUCUCAAAUGAAGGAGGCUCGAUCGAAGAGCCAAACUAUCCACAUGUCUACAAGAAUUCGGCCAAUGGUGGUAAUAUCCUCUCCACUAUGGGUUCUCGCUAUAUGCUACCCUUAGGCACAACGAAAGACCAUUUCGACAACUACGACGAAAUCACUAUACCUCCCUCAAAACCUAUUCCACCAAAGAUUCAUGAACGCAUCGUCGAAAUUGGAGAAAUGGACGCUCUCUGUCAACGAUCUUUUAAGGGUUACGAAAAGCUCAAUAGAGUUCAGUCUGUGGUCUACCCUACCGCUUACACAACUAAUGAGAAUAUGCUCGUCUGUGCACCCACCGGAGCUGGUAAAACAGACGUUGCUAUGCUCACAAUUUUGAGGGUUGUCUCACAGUUUGCGGAUGAGAACAAACUUACUUUUGGUCCUGGAAAGGGCAAAGGGUCUGCAAGUUUUGGUGUUAGGCUGGAUGACUUCAAAAUUAUCUAUGUCGCACCAAUGAAAGCACUGGCCGCUGAAAUCACAGCCAAACUCGGCAAACGUCUAAGUUGGCUCGACAUCAAAGUGAGAGAGCUAACAGGUGACACACAAUUAACAAAAGCGGAAGUCAAUGCAACUCAGAUUAUUGUCACCACGCCAGAAAAAUGGGACGUUGUUACACGGAAACCAACUGGCGAGGGUGAUCUCGCCUCAAAGGUCAAGCUGCUUAUUAUCGAUGAAGUUCACCUGCUCAAUGAAGACAGAGGUGCAGUUAUUGAAACUAUAGUUGCCAGAACUUUGCGCCAGGUUGAAGCUACCCAGUCUCUUAUUAGAAUUGUCGGUCUCAGUGCUACUUUGCCCAAUUAUGUCGAUGUAGCCGAUUUCCUUAGAGUGUCACGAUACAAGGGACUGUUCUAUUUUGAUGGCUCCUUCAGGCCAAUCCCGUUAGAGCAACACUUUAUUGGCGUCAAAGGCAAGCCGGGAAGCUCCCAAUCUAAGAAAAAUCUUGACCAAGCAGCCUAUGAAAAAGCUGUCGAGCUAGCUGAGCAGGGUCAUUCAGUUAUGGUGUUUGUUCAUGCUCGUAAAGAGACAGUCAAGACUGCUGAAACGUUGCUCGAGUAUGCUAAAAAAGACAACCAGUUGGAAGCAUUCGACUGCUCUGAGCACCCCCGUUAUCAUAUACACAAGCGUGACAUUGCACAGUCGAGAAACAAAGAGAUGAGGCAGCUAUUUGAAAAGGGCUUCGGUAUACAUCACGCUGGUAUGCUUCGUUCGGAUCGUAAUAUGAUGGAAAGAAUGUUCGAAGAUGGUGCUCUCAAGAUAUUGUGUUGCACCUCUACACUUGCUUGGGGUGUUAAUUUGCCGGCCCACGCUGUCAUCAUUAAGGGAACUCAAGUUUACGAUAGCAGUAAGGGUGCUUUCUCUGAUCUUUCCAUUCUCGAUGUACUACAAAUAUUUGGUAGGAGUGGUCGACCUGGCUACUCGACGAGUGGUGUGGCAUGGCUGUGUACAUCUUAUGAAAAGCUCGAUGAUUAUAUUCAAGCUGUUCUGUCCUCCCAUGCAAUUGAAUCCAAAUUCCAUACCGGAAUCGUCGACGCUUUAAAUGCUGAAAUAUCUCUAGGCUCUGUCUCUAAUGUAAGUGAAGCUGUUCAGUGGUUAUCGUUCACAUAUAUGUUCGUGCGCAUGAGGAAAAAUCCACUAAUGUACGGCAUGGAUCACGAUGAACCACUCAAUGACCCGCUUCUUGGGAACAAGCGCAACAUGCUGAUAAUGUCAGCUGCGCGUCAACUAGCACUAGCAAAGAUGAUCAAGUUUGAUGAAAAUGACAUGAUGUUCGAGUCGGACGAUAUGGGUAGAAUUGCUUCAAGGUUCUACAUAUGUCAUGAAUCCAUCAAUAUCUACAAUAAAGAGCUCAACCCAACUAUGUCGGAGGCUGAUAUUAUGAGUGUCUUGUGUCAAUCAGUGGAGUUUGACCAGAUACAGAUGCGUGAUUCUGAGGUGCCUGAGCUUAAGCAUCUCAUGGAAGACAUCUGUCCGUGUCAAGUCAAAGGUGGCACAGAUACCAGUCAGGGCAAAUGUAACAUUCUCCUGCAAGCUUACAUUAGUAGAGCCUAUAUUGAUGACUUUGCGUUGGUGUCUGACUCCAACUAUGUUGCACAGAAUGGCGCAAGACUGAUACGAGCCCUACUCGACAUUGGUCUCAGUAAAAAGUGGGCGGUGACGACAUCUGGAGUUAUCUCAAUGAGCAAAGCCCUAGAGCAACGUUUGUGGCCGUAUGAGCAUCCUAUGAAACAGCAAUUCGGUCUCAGAAACGAAGUCAUUUACAAUAUUACUCGCUGGGCAGAUGAAACUACGAUACAAGAGUUAGCUGAGCUCAGUCCAGCGGAGCUAGGUAGUUUGAUUCAUCUCAAUGAAUCACAUGGAGCAGCUCUGCAUAGGAUUGUUAAGAGUUUCCCUACCCUUUCUCUCAGUGUAUACUUGAAGCCGCUUAGCCAUGAGGUCCUCAAGCUGCAAAUACACGCAAAGCCAAAAUUCGCCUGGAAUGAAAGAAUAAGUGGCACGAUGGAAAAUUUCUUCUUAAUUGCUGAGAGCGAAGACGAGCUCGAUAUCUUGCAGUGGACCAACGUUCAAAUCAGGCCCACUACGGAGGAAACUAGUAUUGACUUCAUUUUGCGUAUAGAAAACGAUAAGAAGCCAGACUUUAUCACCUUGAGAUCGGCUUCUGAGAGAUGGCUAGGAUCUGAAGAUCUUGUGUCGGUGUCAUUUGAGGAUCUGAUCAUGCCGGCUUCACCUAGUCCUCCAACGGAGAUUAUUGAUUUGCCAUUCUUACCAGUGUCGGGACUCAGCAAUUUAAAGCUUGAGCAAGCCUUGAACAGUAUAGGUAUCCGUAAUUUCAAUCCAAUUCAGACUCAGUGCUUUGAGCCAUUCUAUGUCUACUCAGACAAUGUGCUGCUAUGCGCUCCUGUUUACGCAGGCAAGUCAAUUCUUUCUCAAUUAUCGAUUUGGAAAGCAUUCACAUUACAGCGCAACACACGUGCACUUAUAGUUACGCCAACAGCUACUUUGGCCCGUGAGACUGCCCACGUGCUUACUACAAAGUUUUCCAAAGCGAUGAGUGUCAAUGUCCUCAACCUGCAUUCAAAGGCAGAGCAGCGGGAGUCACAGCUGAAGCAAAAUAGGGUUGUGUUUGUUGCGAGUGCGAAUGUGCUCCAAGAUCUACUCUGCAGUGGACAGAAAGAUCAGCUUCUGGAUGACCUGUCGAUAUUAGUUGCAGACGAUUUGCAUCUUAUGGGCUCCGCUUAUGAAAUAGCUCUGUCAGUAGUGAAGCAAUCUGUCUCAGAUACACGCUUUAUCGGGAUCAGCGCAUCUCUCGAUAACAUUGAAGACCUGAGGAAGUGGCUGCGCGUUGAUCCUGCGCUUACAUACAAUUUUGCACCAAAACAUCGUACGCUGCCGAUAAGCACUAAUGUUCAAUCGCACUCAGUCGUGCCAACGUCUGCUUUCAUGAAAGCUCUUAUUAAGCCAACGUACGCGCUCAUCAAAAUAGCUCCCAAAGGAGCAAUAAUAUUUGUCCCUACACGCACUCAAUGCAGAAGUGUUGCGUCAGAUUUGAUUACGCUCUCGGCAACGGAUUCAGAUUAUAUUGGACUGGCGACCGAAGAAUCUGUAGCGCUGGAACCCUACCUCGAUAGAUUAUCUGACAAGACUUUGGUGGGAUAUCUUGUCAAUGGCAUAGGAAUUUACUACACUGGCUUGCCUUUAGAGGAUCUAGCAUUGAUCUUGGAGCUUUUUUUGACGGGUGUGCUACGCGCAUUGAUCGUUCCCAGAGAUAUGUGCUGGUCGUUGCCGGUACGCGCUUCAACAGUGUGUGUGAUGAACACCCAGUACCUGUCUACAAAGAAUGUCAAGGACAGCAGUGGACAGGAGAAGGCUGACAAACAGGUGCAAGAGUAUUCACUUUCGGAGGUCGCUCAUAUGCAGGCAUUCGCGAGCGCAGACGUUGAAGGCGAUAGCGAGGCUACACGUACUUGUGUAUUGAUGGCGCAGGAAAAUGGGAACAAGGAGCUUUAUUCGUACUUCCUCAAUGCGGGUCUUCCACUUGAAUCACGUUUGAGUGAGGAUGAUGAACUGCUCUAUUAUGUCAAGCACGAGAGGAAUUACGGCAGGAUAAAGGAUGUUGGGCAAGUCGACAAGCUACUCAAGCAGACGUAUUACGUCAGAAGAUCUAAGACAAACCCAACUUAUUACGAUGCCAAAGGCGAUGGCGUUAGGGCAUUGGCGAAUAAGAUAUGGAAUGCAUCAAGUGAUGUGUAA